UGAUAUUAUUCUUCCGUAUUGUUAAGGAGUGCUGAAUACAUUUCAGACAUUAAUUGAAACGUAUUUUAUACAUUUUUAAACAUGCAUAUCCUGUUGACUAAAUGAAAAGGAGAUGAAUUCUAUAUAUAUACAAAAGAUGGAUUCGUCGAUCAUUUUGGUUCUUGCUUCUUUAUUUGAAGUGGUCAUGCAAGCAGUUUAUGGAGAAAGUUCGAGCGCAUGUUAUGGAACCCAGCCAUGUGACUUUUUCUCUAUGCAAUGUCCGUCAAAUCAGGUCAUCAAAUUGAAUAAUUUGUACGCUGGAUAUAAAAAUACUACAAUUAAUCCGAUCUGUGGAAACGCUGAUCGACAUUGUGAACUUAAAGCAACAUGUUGUUCUUAUGCUUCAGGAGGAAAUGAUAUUUUAGAAUUUUUAACUUUAGAAAAUAAUUACAAUACGUAUACAAACUGUUCUGGUCGACAGAGAUGUACAGACAUCCAAGCUAAUUGGCAACUGCUCCAAGCAACAGAUAACAAUGGUGAUCUUAUUUAUUCAUCUUUUGUUCAGCUUGAAUACGACUGUGAGGAAGGUUGGUUUAUUCAUUGACUUUAACAUUAAACUGCU